ACAAAUAAAAGGGAAAACAAAGACAAAGCCCCCAUUCUUUUUCAAAAAUCCACCCCUCACCCGCACCAGAUUUUCCGCCAUGGAAGCUCCCGUAAGGGUCAUCAAUCGCAGUCUCUUCACUAAACCAACAUCAACGACUUCAAAUUUUCUAAAACCCAUUUCAAUAAUCCAUCGAUCGAUACCCUCACAACGACAAAAUCUCCAGACCCACAUCGUAUCAACACCCAAAUUGUCUCAUUCUCGCAUUCACUCUUCAUUUUCACCGUUCUCUCACUCACCCGUUACUCCUAAUUCAAACCCCAUUAAAUUCCUCCUCUCGCUUUCCUCUUCUCAUCUCUCAAACCCCACCAAGAACUCUGAUUUUAACUUCAAAUCUCAUCAAAAUGAGAGGCCUUUUACGUGGAACAAAGCACCAGAGAGUGUUGUUAGCGGUAAAGGUAGUGUCUUUAGUGAUAAAAAACCAGUUGCGACUGUGGUUCUGCUUGGCUGGCUUGGAGCUAGAGAGAAACAUCUCAGAAAGUACGUGGAAUGGUAUAAUUCAAGAGGGAUUCAUGCUGUUACGUUUGUCGUUGAUAUGAGAGAGUUGCUUUGCUUUGAUUUUGGGAAGAGAGUGGAGAAGAGGAUCACUGAAUUGGCUAAUGAGCUUGUUUCGUGGGUUUCUGAGAGAGAAGAUGAUGGUAGAGAGAGAUGUUUGUUUUUUCACACCUUUAGUAACACUGGUUGGCUUGUGUAUGGUUAUAUCCUUGGGGUUAUGCAAGAGAGGGAGGGACUAAUUGAGAAGAUUAAAGGGUGUGUUUCUGAUUCUGGAGGUGGCAAUCAGUUAAAUCCUAAGGUCUGGGCUGGUGGGUUCUCUGCUGCCUUGCUGAAGAAACGCAGCUCUUCUGUGCAAGUUAUUGAGACUAAAGAAAUAAAUGGAUUAGAAAAUCAAGCCAGUGAAUCAAAAGAGCAAGAAAAUGAACCUUCAAUGAUCGAGGCCAUGGUGCUAUAUGUAUUUGAGAUGCUAUUCUCUGUAGUUCUGAAGUUGCCAGAAGUGGAUCAGAAGUUAACGGAAAUUGUGUCCACACUCUCAAAAAAGCAGCCUUCCUGUCCCCACCUUUUUCUAUAUAGCACAGCAGAUAAACUUGUUCCAUUUCAAUUGAUAGAGUUGGAGAUCCAGGAUCAGAGGAGAAUGGGGAGAAGGGUAAUGUCCUAUAAUUUUGAGUCAUCCCCCCAUGUGGACCACUUCAGAACUUUCCCCGAUAUGUAUUCAUUACUGCUUCAUAAUUUCUUGAAGGAGUGUUUUCCAGUAGCUAAACAGAUUUGAAUUCUGAAAAUGCAUGUUAUUUCCAUCAAAAAGUCACGUGUUCCUUAGCCACCAUUGAUGUUGUUGUACUGGAAGCUUACUGAUAAAUAAAAAUCAUAAGGGAGGGUGUCUCUCUAAUAGACAACAAAAAUGCAUGUAAUUUCUUUCAAACAGUCGUGUGCUCCUUAGCCACCAUUGAUGUUGUUGUACUGGAAGCUUAUUGAUAAAUAAAAAUCAUAAGGGAGGGUGUCUCUCCAUUAGACAACAAA